GGAAGAUUGGUGACCUGUUUUUCCCUCAUUGAAUCGCUAUGUUUGACACAGUCUGUACAUUACCGCUUUCUGCGGAUCUAUUCACGCAGGCUAUACACCCCAAGGAGCCAAUUGUCUCCGUUGGGCUUGCCUCCGGUCAUGUUGAAACCUUCCGUCUUCCGUCAGAUGAAGUGGACAGUGACGACGAUCAGGCGUCGACUUCCUCAUCGCGAAAUGGCCGAGGACAUAUUGAUACGAUGUGGAGGACGAGAAGACAUAAGGGCAGCUGUCGGUGCUUAACGUUUGGAAUUGACGGUGAAUCGCUGUACUCCGCUGGAACAGAUGGAUUGGUUAAAGCUGCAAAGGCAGAGACCGGUGUGGUGGAAAACAAGAUUGCAAUUCCCCCGGAGAAAGAUGGCUCCGUUGAUGCCCCAACCGUCAUUCAUGCGCUUUCCCCCCAAACCCUCCUUCUCGCUACUGACUCGAGCGCAUUGCAUCUAUAUGACCUUCGCCUUCCGUUUUCCCGCGUCUCGGCCCGACCGCAACAGACACACCACCCUCACGAUGAUUACAUCUCGUCUAUCACCCCAUUGCCUGCAUCGGAUACAAGUACCUCUGGAUUUAGCAAGCAAUGGGUAUCAACUGGGGGUACUACAUUGGCCGUGACGGAUUUACGACGAGGGGUGAUGGUGCGCAGUGAGGACCAGGAAGAAGAAUUGGUCAGCUCCGUGUAUGUCGGUGGCUUGGCCACUACCGGGACAAGCCGCGGCGAGAAAGUGCUUGUGGGUGGCUCCGGUGGGGUCCUUACCCUUUGGGAAAAGGGUGCAUGGGAUGAUCAAGACGAACGCAUCUACGUUCAGCGGAACGGCGGUGAAGGAGAGUCUCUCGAAACCCUCACGAUGGUUCCUGAUGAGCUCGGAAAGGGCAAGAUGGUCGCGGUUGGUCUCGGAAGUGGCGGUGUUAAGUUCGUCAGGAUUGGCCCCAACAAAGUUGUGUCAGAGGUCAUGCACGAUGAAACGGAGGGCGUUGUCGGUCUAGGAUUUGAUGUAGAAGGACGUAUGGUCAGUGGUGGUGGACAGGUGGUCAAGGUUUGGCAUGAAGCAGUCGGAUCUGGGGCAAAUGGCGCUAUCGCUGGUGAAAAGCACAUGCUUGAAGAUAGUGAUGAAGACAGCGACGACGACAAUGAUGAUGACUCGGACGAUAGUGAUGGAGAACGUCGGCGGGCCGACGAAGCGAAGAGACAACGGAAGAAGGGCAAAGGCAAGGAUCGCAGCGGCGGCCAACAUGUAAUGGCGUUCUAUGAUCUUGAUUGAUCCUGUCGUUCUUACUGCUACUACUCAUUCCUGCACGAAGGGAACUGGCUUGCAGGAAAUCAAUGCGAGGAACGGACUGCACGGCAGGGAUGCAUAGCGUGGGGGAGUUUUCUAUGCGAAGAAACCAUUUAGAUUUGGUGAGAUGUAAGGGCGGAACACUUGCAUCUUAUAGUACUAUGUAACUUAAGUCGGUUUACCCAAUGCUUUAUAUGUCAAUAUGGGCAAGUAUUCUCUACAUGAUUGAACCUGACGUCAAUUCCAUCGAUCCGUUGGGUCGAGGAACAAAUUAGCCCUCUUAACCAUGUGACGUUGGUCAAUUUUGUUACG